AUGGCAUCUAGAGGGGAGUCUCAGGCUCGUUCGCGACGCUCGAUUGCGCCAAUACCCCAAACGGCGCUUCGAAAUAGCAGCGAUAAAGAGAAUUUCACUUCGGAUCUAAAGAGAUCCAGCUUGCAACCGACACUUAGUCAUAAAAAACUCCGAAGCAAGAGUCUGGGACCAGGAGGACUAGAUGCGCUCAAUGGCGCUGCUGGGAACCGGCGCAAGUCCACCGCUGCAUUCCCUUUGAAAUCGAUUCUAAAGCCUGCCAUACCCGUUUCUCCCAUCCAAACAAUACCCGCUUUCCAAGAGACACGAAGCAAGACUCCGGCCCGCAGUCCGCAGAAAACAAAUAACUCUCGAGGUGCCAGUAAUGGACUUCUUAUUGAUUUCUCAACGUCCCCUGCAGUGCCUGUGAUAGGAACCGAAAAAUUAUCCAACCCGUUCGACACAUUUAACCCUAGUCCGGCGCGAAAUGGAAGAGAGGCGUUUCGGUUAGAAGAAGAGCAGCGAAGAGAGAGAGAAACUAAAGCUAAACAUGAGCGUGCAAAGCGAGCAGCGCUUGAGCAGCGCGCCGCGAGGAGGAAAUCUAUGGCAAACCGCCGUGUUUCGUUCGCUCCGGAGGCUACGCUACAUACAUGGAAUGUUGUUGAAUUGAUGGAGGAUUCUACUGCCUCGUCAGCCAACUCAACUCGACGGACAUCGGCAGUUGCCCAGGCAAGCAAUGGAACUCCAGGUACCCCGGAAGCACUUGAACAAUUCUCUCCAGCAACUCAACGGAUUAUGCACCAGCAAAAUAAUCAGCACAACUUUCAAAGCAGCCAGGAAGAGCUAGAUGAUCCAGGCGACGAUAAGGAUUUUUCUUCCAGCCCAUUCAGUGGAGACUCAACUGUUGGUGGCGAAGAUACCACACAGUUGGACCCUGAUAAUGGAGAUAGCGUCUCAGAUUCGGACAUGGACAACGAUAGUACGGCAAUGAGCUUGGACAACGCGACUCGGCGCUCAACCAUGUCAAGUCGUUCAGAUGGCUCAACUACUGACUCGAGCGCUCGACUUGACCGCUCAUUGCGCCUGGCAGCAGAUAUUGCUGGAACAAAUGGCAUUGGGUAUGAUGAGAAUGAAGACUUAUCCAUGGCGUUCGAAAACCACGAGAUCAUUGGGGCGUUUAAGCCUUGGAUCAAGAAAGGAACCGACCGUUCAGGCUUUGAUGCCGAUAGCUUAACCUCGCGAUUUGACCAGGAAAAUAUAAACCCCUUUCAAAAGUCAUCGGGGUCUCGACAACCUCAGUAUGCUGACGAUGGCGACGAAACUGGCAUGGACCUUACAAAACCAGUUGGCCGCAUUCUCUCGAGCCAACGGCGUACUUCUUCAUUUGAACCUGACACCAGGCGCAUUUCCAGCACAAAAUCACUGCAGGGAGAUCAGACCAUGGAGUUCACAAAUGUCAUCGGCGGAAUCAAACCGUCGUCGCCGCAAUCUGGGUUAUUUUCUGGGGACAGCAAUAUCGCGGAAGAUGAGGAGAUGACAAUGGAAUUCACUUCGGUAUUCGGUGGCGUGCUCAAUAAGAACGCCCCUCAUAAUACUGAUAUCAACCGUAGUGAAGAAGAACCGUAUCAAAGGGACGAUAGUGAGGAUGAUGUGAACUAUCCUGAGCUAACAGAGGUGGAAAUGGAGAUGACGGCGGCUGUCGGGGGUAUACUUCCUUCCAUUGAAGAACGGACUGAGCCUCUAGAGGAUGAAACAAUGGGCAUGGAAAUAACCAAUGCAAUUGGAAAGAUUUUACCAAGCUUCCGUCCUGCUGGUGGGAUGCAAGGCGGCGAGUCGGAGCCUGAACUUCUUAGCUCCCCCUUCCAAGAAACUACCAUACCUUCUCCGGCCAAACCUAGAACGCCCCUCCGCGUUCCUGAAAUUCCGUUCCAGGACGAAAGCCCCAGUUUAGCACAUAUCCGACUCCAGCCAGCAAGACGAAGGAGCUCAGUAGCUCGUUCGUCUACGACUCCAACAAAAGCCACUCCUAGACAACUAACUCCUGUCAACACUACUCCCACGCCAUCCCAAGCAAAAUCUCCUCGUAUCACAAGAAGAACGACUUCUGCUACGCCUACUACUCCAAACACUCCGUCGCCGCGCAAACCCCGAUUAUCACCAAGAAAAUCCUCCAAACCCGACUCCCAAACACCCAACCUGACACCUACGUCCAUUUUUCAAUACAAGGAAAAUGGCCAGGCCUCUCCCAGAAUUGUAUUGCAAAGUCGUAGACGGUCACCAUCCGGACUUGGCAUCGACAAAGAGGGUCUCGGUUCUCCGCGAGUGGCAGAAAUUCUUGAUAGAAGGCGAUCGAUCGGGGAAGACGCCCAAAACUUCACCCCAAGUACCCAUACUUCGAGGGCCGCCCGCUUUAACAGCGUGAAUGAUCGUUCAGAUCAUGGCUACACAGAAUCGGGCCAAGACGAACAAAGAAAAGUCGUAUCAUUCGGUGACCCUCAGCUGAUACAGGAACCUGGAGUCAAUAUCAGGGAGAUGAUAUCUAGUUUAACACCUAAGAAGAACAAGUUAAAAGGCCGGAAGAGUUUGCAUGUUGGCGCUGCCAAAGGCCUCCUGGGAAAACGGCCAAUUGAACUCGACAUAGACGAUGAGGAUGAGAAUGAUACCCCAAAACGACCCAGGCCCAGGCAAGCAAGCCCUGUCAAGAAUAUUAAACUCCCAGCACCGCCAUCUAAGGCGGUAACGAUUGGAAAGCUAUCUUCAUCAUUCAUAUCGCAAAACAAUGUCAAGUCUCCAAUGCAACCGGUUACCACAACCCCAAAAGAUACACGGCAUAAGAGUGUUGAUAUUGAUGUUACUGGCGAACGCGAUGAUCGGGUGACUACUGUCGAUCAGGGGGCUGUUGAGGAUCCGGACAGCGCAGACUCUGAAAUCAAGCCUCUACAGCUCUCCGAAUUUCUUGAAAUGACAAAUAUUCGAUUCAUGGAGCUUACGACGACAAAAAGACGACACACUCUUGCUCCCGAUAUAGAAAAGAAGCGCGUUGUAGAAAACGAUGCUGAAGCUACAAAAGAGAUUGGCCUAGAGGAUUGUGUUGCUGCCGGAUUUUGUACAAUUCCAAUGCUUGAGUUGUAUCAACAUUCCUGUCGUGAACUCAAGUCUUAUAUCUCGGAAGGUCGACGAAUAAUUCGAUCAAUCGAAACAGAGACAUACGGCGAAAACCCUCCCCUUUUUCAAGAAUAUGUCACUGCUCCUCCAGAUAUUCGUGUAUUGAUGGACAACCAGUUUCGCAAUGUGAAAUGCCAUGCUAGGCUUUUAAGCAAAUCGAUGUGGUAUGAAUGGCGGAUGAAGCUUCUCGAGGGCCUCAAGCAAGGCCUGGACCGUCACGUUGACGAAAUGGCACAAGAUGCUAAAGUGUUGUCGAGAAAAGAAACCUUAUUAAAUAGUGUUGUUCCUGGUCUGGCAGAAAAGCAUGAAAAUCUACAAAUUGACGCCCAUAAUCUUCAGAAGGCGGUAGAAGAAAUGGAAAAUUGCGAUCAAGAGGAGCUAAGACAAACUAGAGAAAGACUAGCAGCGCUUGAUCUUGAGGUAUCGAGAAGAAGAAAAGACCUCGACGAAGCACAGGCAGCCCUAGAAGAAAACUCUACUGCUAUCAAAGCAGGAAUGGAUAAAAAGAAGCGUUUAUUAAAAGAGAUACAUGAAGCUGAAGCUAUCUUAGAGGAAUGUCGAGGGUGGGAUGUCAAGGAAGUAUAUCAUUUAAAAGAUGCUGUUCAGAAGCUGGAAAAAACAACUGGGUGGACAAUUUUAUCCGUCGACCCGGGCGCCAGCUCAAAAUAUGACCCUGCAUUGUCUAUGCGAUACAACGACGAGCUGAGACUCGAUUUCCACCCCGCGAUGUUUCGUGUUAGUUCGGCAUCAAAACAUCAAAAUUCUCAGUUGGGGGAUUUCCCUGUAACAUUAAGUUACUCUCCUUUAUCUACUCGGAACUUGUGCAGCACCAUAUCCAAUGCACCUCCUGAAAUUUGUUUGAUGCUUCAUGCUCUCCGCACACGUUUAUCCCAUGCCACCCAUUCCUCCAUAUCUCCUAAGACUCUUCUUUCUGGGAUUUCUCAAACAUGGGAUAUUGCCUCUUCCCUGCGAAACGAAAUCCGCAUGCUUGGGUAUUGCGGCAUUACGAAAUCUAAAAAUAUUGAGCUGAACGUGUCCGAACCUGCAUUGCUCAAGACUCGAUGUAUUUUUCUCGGCUUCCAACCCACCGCCACCCCAAAAAAGACGGAUCCAGCUUCACAAAUGUCCAAAUUUCAAGCCAGGAUCGAUAUCGAUUUCACCAUCAAACCGCGUCCAAUCAUCAACAAAGGCAACCAAGAUGAGCCAGGCGUUGGGAUCGAUGUGGACAUUGACGUCUCCGCCAGUAAAAUCUAUGGAUUCACGAGUGACAGUGUUUCAGAGCAAGAACUUAGCGAAGCACUGAUGAGUUUUAUUCAGCGUCAGGAUGGGAAGGGAAAAAAGUUUGGACAUGGAUUGUGGAGGGAUGCUGUGAAAGAUUUAGGAAACAAAGUAUUCUGUUAG